AUGUCCCGCCUUCUCCGCCUCCACCGCACCCUCGCUCUCACGCCGCCCGCGAGGCGCCUCAACUCCUCCUUCACCCGCGGCCCCGCGCCUCCGCGCCUCCCGCCCGACCAGCAGGCCGAGUUCGAGCGCCUCCAGCGCCAGGCCUCCGUCUCGAGCGCCUUCCAGCACCUCGUCGAGGACGCCCCCGACGCGACGCCCGCUGCCGCGACCACAACCUCCUCUUCCUCCUCCUCCCCCUCCGACACCGUCACCGCCGCUGCCACCGCCGCCGCCUCCGACGCACCAAACACCCCGACCCCCACCGUCGCCGCCACGGACGAGGACACGAUGCACCCCAACUACGUCCGCGGCGCGCCCCCCGAGUUCGAGGGCGACGUCAACCCCCGCACCGGCGAGGUCGGCGGGCCCAAGAGGGAGCCGCUGCGCUGGGGCGCCGCCGGGGACUGGAGCUACAACGGCCGCGUGACGGAUUUCUAG